AUGAGAGGCUGCCGACAUUCGGGCGUCCGGAUAAUCGUUCCACCGCGAAAGGCGCCGAUGCCGAUGCGCAUCACCUGCCGAUAUUUGAGAAAGGAAAAGCUGGUUCACCCGCCUCCACUGAACGAGGUGCCGCAUUUUGCAUCUCUUCGUGGCCGUGAACGUGAAAUCGUCAUUCUUCGCUCUGAGGAUGGAGAGCAUUGGAAAGAGCACACACUCGAGGCAACGGAGGAUGCCGUUCAGGAGGUGUUGAACGAAAGCUUCGACCCUGCCGAGUUGAGCCAGUUGGAAGAUCUGAACACGACGCGCAUCACCAGAAUCCUGUCAAGCGACUUUCCGCAAUAUUUUGCCAUUGUGAGUCGCGUGCGGCAGGAGGUGCACGCGGUAGGGCCUGAGGGCGGCAUGAUCGCAUCGACAGUCGUGCCGCAGGUGCAGGCGAUUUUUCCUGAAGGUGCGCUCACGAAGACGAUCAAAGUCAGUCUGCAGUCGCACAGCAUUCCACAAGAGUUGGUCACCAAGUUGCACGGCAACCGCGUGGCCGUUAGUCCGAUAGUGACCGUCGAGCCAAGAAGACGAAAGUUCCACAAACCGAUCACGCUAUGUAUUCCGUUACCGCAGUCACCGAACAAGGGUAUGAUCACGCAGUACACCAGCCAACCGGGACAAGACCCGCCGACGCUUCGCCUGCUGUGUAGCAUUACCGGCGGCACGUCGCCCGCCCAGUGGGAAGACAUCACCGGCACGACACAGCUCAACUUCAGCAAUGACACUGUGUCGUUCACUACUACGGUUUCUGCCAGGUUUUGGCUUAUGGACUGCCAGACGCCGCGAGACUCCGCUCGAAUGGCGCAAGAGAUAUACGACGAAUCCAUCUCGGUGCCGUUCAUGGCGAAGUUCGUCGUUUUCGCGCGACGUAUCCACCCUAACGACGGACAACUGAGGGUGUUUUGCAUGACCGACGAUAAAGAGGACAAGACAUUAGAAAAGCAAGAGCACUUCGUGGAAAUUGCCAAAAGCAGAGACGUCGAAGUGUUAGCCAGUCGUCAGCAAUACCUCGAGUUCGCUGGCAACCUCGUGCCGGUGACCAAGUCCGGCGAACAGCUUAGCCUUCUUUUCGUGCCGUUCCAGGAGAACCGACUCAUGUUCAUGAUGAAGACAAAAGAAAGCGACGAUCCUGAUGCCUCAGCGUCUGGCCGCAUUGCGUUCAUGCGGGAGCCGAAGAUCCGCGCUGAAUCGCUGCCACCCCAGCAUCCCUCAUGUACGUUGUCAAUAACACUACCAGCAUACACCGGAAGGACGAGUCCAGAGCUGGCCGCCCUCGAAGGUGAGUACUUUUGCUGUUUUUUGCUCUCUCUGUUGAGAUUUAGCAACUGGAAUGGAUUGCACUGA